GAUGCUGCGCUGCCCUGCGUGAGCUCCUGCUGAGUCAUGGCUUGUGGUGGGCCAUUACUGAAGUACAGACACCAUGAGAUAGACUAUAUGACAAGUGAGGCAUUACAGCAUGAAGUAGCCGCUCACAGUAGCCUAUUUCCAGAAGGAGAGGAAGCAGACGUGUAGGAGUGGCAAUGAUUGCUGCGGCUUUUUUGGUCUUAUUGAGACCCUUAAGUAUCCAGUAUGUAUUAUUGCUAUUAUUGCUUUUGGUAGGAACUGUCGCCACGAUCCUGUUUCUCAGUUCCUGGCAUCGGAAGCUCCGCGCUGAGAAAAUUCCCAUCAAAUCUGUGCUCACAAGGCGUUCGAGGAGUCGUGCUGGUUUCCGGACGCAUCAUUUUCGCUCUGAGGUAUGUCGUCACAGUCCCCGUCAUGCGAGGAGAAGCGCACGCGCGCGUGUUUCUGAAGAGAAGCCGCUCGUUGAGAGCGAGCCGGACUCGAGCGCAGCCCUGAGGAAGCGCAGAGUGAAGAAGAGAGUCCAGCCCGAGUUUUAUCACUCCGUGCAGCUCACGCCAACACGCAAACCAAGCUCCGGGUCUGGGAACGCGUCCCUGCGCUGUUCUAUGUCUUCAUCGGCAGAUUUCUCCGAUGAGGAAGAGUACAGUGCGAAAUCUGGGUCGGUGUCGCCGGCACCGGGGGACACGUUACCGUGGAAUUUACCCAGACACGAGCGCUCGAAGCGGAAGAUCCAGGGAGGAUCCGUGCUGGAUCCUGCCGAGAGAGCGGUGCUCAGAAUCGCAGAUGAAAGAGACAGAGUCCAGAAAAAGACCUUUACAAAAUGGAUAAAUCAGCACCUCUUAAAGCCACGAGAGAAGGGCCGCAUGCGCUUCCACAGACUCCAGAAUGUACAGAUCGCAUUGGACUUCUUAAAACGACGGCAGGUGAAGCUGGUGAACAUCAGGAAUGAUGACAUAACGGACGGAAACCCAAAACUGACAUUGGGAUUAAUAUGGACCAUAAUUCUGCACUUUCAGAUCUCGGACAUCCACGUGACAGGAGAGUCCGAGGACAUGACAGCCAAGGAGAGACUUCUGCUGUGGUCCAAGCAGAUGACCGAAGGCUAUGUAGGCGUCCGCUGUGACAACUUCACUACCUCGUGGAGGGAUGGACGACUGUUCAAUGCUAUUAUUCAUAAGUACAGGCCCGACCUGGUUGAUAUGAGCAAAGUAUCGACACAAAGUAGCAGAUCCAACUUAGAACAAGCGUUUGGUGUGGCCGAGCAGCUUGGUGUGGCCCGACUGCUGGACCCAGAGGAUGUGGAUUUGUCAUCUCCGGAUGAGAAGUCUGUCAUUACUUAUGUAUCAACGUUAUACGACGUCUUCCCCAAAGUACCGGAGGGUAUGGAGGGCAUCAGUGCAAAUGAUGUGGACAUUAAAUGGGUUGAAUACCAGAACAUGGUGAAGUACCUCAGCCAGUGGAUCAAACACAAUGCGACUGUUAUGGCAGACAGAAAUUUCCCCAGCAAUCCUGUGGAACUUAAGGCACUUUAUACACAGUAUCUACAGUUUAAAGAGAAUGAAAUACCACCGAAAGAAAACGAAAAGGCCAAAAUCAAGCAUCUCUACAAAAUGCUAGAGGUGUGGAUAGAGUUCGGUCGCAUCCAGCUCCCUCAAGGGUACCAUCCUAAUGACGUGGAGAAGGAAUGGGGCAAGCUGAUCGUUGCCAUGCUGGAGAGAGAGAAGAGCCUGAGGCCUGAAGUGGACAGACUUGAAAUGCUACAGCAGAUUGCAAACAGAGUUCAGCGAGACUGCGUAGCUGGAGAGGACAAAUUAGCGUUAGCGCGGACGGCUCUGCAGUCGGAUGCCAAACGGUUGGAAUCGGGAAUCCAGUUUCAGAAUGAAGCAGAGACCGCUGGAUACCUUCUGGAGUGUGAGAACUUAUUGAGGCAGCAAGUGGUGGAUAUCCAGCUUUUACUGGAUGGGAAAUUCUACUUGGCUGAUCAGCUCGUUCAAAGGGUAUCUAAGCUCCGUGACGACCUGUUGGCUUUGAGGACAGAGUGUUCAACCGUCUACAGCAAAGGACGCACACUGACCUCAGAACAGACCAAGAUGAUGAUCUCUGGCAUCACGCAGAGUUUGAACUCAAACUUUUCCCCAAACUUCAGUGCCGGACUGUCUCCUGCACUCACUCACGGAGGCCUGGUCACAUCGGGCGGCAGCCCUGCGAUGAGCCCAGCUAUGACACCCAGCAUGCAGCCUGCCGCAGUCCAGACUUACCUCAGCAGCAGAGGAGGAGGAGGAGGAGGAGGAGGAGGAGGAGGAGGCAUGGAGCCCGGGGUUCUUCAGCAGCUCAAACACAUACAGAUCCGCAAGCCCAUGCUCAAAUCCUCAUUCCUGGAUCCCAACUUGACCGAGGAUGAGGUUCAUAUGAAGUUUGUGCAGGAUCUGCUUAACUGGGUUGAGGAAAUGCAGGUUCAGCUUGAUCAAGCAGAAUGGGGAUCUGAUCUACCGAGUGUUGAAUCAAACUUAGGAAAUCAUAAAGAUUUUCACAAAGCCAUCGAAGAAUUCCAGUUGAGCAUUAAAGAAGCCAAAAUGAGUGAGAUUCAGAUGACCCAGCCACUGAAGCAGAGUUACUCUGAGAAGCUGAAUAAGUUAGAAAGCCAGUACAGGAGGCUGCUGAAAUGCUCCAGUGAGAGGCAGAAACAUCUGGACAACCUGCAUGAUUUUGUGUCCCGCGCCACUCAGGAGCUGAUCUGGCUCAAUGAGAAGGAGGAAGAGGAAGUGGCUUUCGACUGGAGUGAGAGGAACAGUAACAUUUCAAGGAAGAGGGAUUAUCAUGCAGAUCUCAUGAGAGAACUGGACGACAAGGAGGAGGUGAUCAGGUCAGUACAGGAGAAGGCAGAGAGCCUCCUUCUGGAGAACCAUCCUGCCAGAUUGACCAUCGAGGCAUACAGAGCAGCCAUGCAGACUCAGUGGAGCUGGAUACUGCAGCUCUGUCACUGUGUGGAGCAACAUCUGAAAGAGAACGCUGUCUACUUUGACUUUUUCAGCGAUGCCAAAGAGUCAUUGGAUUACCUUAAGAGCCUCCAAGAUGCCAUCCACAGAAAGUACAGCUGCGACCGAAGCAGCAGUUUACAUCGCCUCGAGGAUCUAAUUCAAGAGUCCAUGGAUGAGAAAGAACAGCUCCUGAAAUACAGCAGCACGGUGGGUGGAUUAGUGGGCCGGGCAAAGUCCGUUGUUCAGCUCAAAGCCCGCAACCCAGAGAAUCCCAUCAGGACCUCCUUACCCGUCAAAUCCAUCUGUGACUACCGCCAGAUAGAGAUCACCAUUAGCAAAGAAGAUGAGUGCGUUCUAGUGAACAAUUCUCACAGGGCAAAGUGGAAAGUGAUCAGUCCAUCUGGAAAUGAGGCCAUGGUGCCUUCAGUCUGCUUUAGUGUACCACCACCCAACAGGGAGGCCACUGAAAUGGCAAGCAGGAUCGAGCAGCUGUAUCAGAAUGCUCUGGCUCUGUGGCAUCACUCUCACAUUAACAUGAAGAGCGUCGUGUCCUGGCACUAUCUGAUGACUGACAUCCACGCCAUCCGCAAAAGCACUGUUGCCUCGAUCAAGACCCUAUUGCCAGGUGAUCACGAGCAGGUGCUGAGCAGCCUGCAGUCCCACUUUGAGGACUUCCUGAGGGACAGCGAUGAAUCGGAGGUUUUCACGGUGGCUGAUUGUGCCCAGCUGGAAAAGGAGGUUCUGGCGUGUAAGGAGUACUAUGAGGAACUCCUCAAAUCUGCAGAGAGAGAAGAACACGAGGAGUCCAUGUACAACCUCUUCAUAUCUGAGGUGCGUAACUUCCGCAUGCGGGUGGAGGGUCAUGAGGAACAGCUGAUCCGGAAAAUACGUACCCCGCUAGACAGAGACGACCUGCAGGAGUGUGUGCUGCGCAUCACCGAACAGGAGAAGAAGGAGGUAGAGCUGGAUAGGUUGAAGGAUGACCUAGAGUGCCUGAGAGAGAAGUGUGAGGUUUUCCUCAGGCAAGCAGCUGCCUCUCCAUCCGUCCCUACACUUUCCUCUGAGCUCAACAUCCUCACGCAGAGCACAAACCAGGUCUACUCCAUGUGCUGCAUCUACCUGGAGAAGCUGAAGACAGUGAGUUUGGUGGUGAAGCACAGUCAGAGUGCCGAAGCUCUGGUCAAACUUUAUGAAGCUAAGUUGUGCGAGGAGGAUACAAUCAAUGCUAAUAUCAAAUCUAUCGAUGGCGUCAUGAGCACUCUUAAGCAAUGGAGGUCUGAAAUCGAUGAAAGACGUGAGGUAUUCCAUGACUUGGAGGACGAGCUGCAGAAGGCACGAGUGGUCAGUGAGCGAAUGUUCAAAACGCACAACGAGAGAGACUUUGAUUUGGAUUGGCACAAGGAGAAGGCCGACCAGCUCAAAGAACGAUGGCAAAACAUCCACUCUCAGAUUGAAAACAGGCUCCGAGACCUGGAAGGCAUCAGCAAGUCACUUAAGUACUACAAAGACACGUAUAACAGCCUGGAUGAAUGGAGCAAAAAAAUGGAAGCCAAGCAGCUCAAGGCCCAAGAGAAUCAGCCCGAGGACAGCAAGGCGUUGGCCGAGUUCCUUAACCAGCAGAAAGUUUUGGUCACAGAAAUUGAACAAAAACAAAGCAAAAUUGAGGAGUGCCAGAAGUAUUCAGAGCAGUAUGCAGUUGGAGUGAAAGACUAUGAACUGCAGUUGAUGACUUACAGAGCCAUGGUUGACUCUCAGCAUAAGUCUCCAGUGAAGAGAAGGAAGAUGCAGAGUUCCUCUGACGUCAUCCAGCAAGAGUUUAUGGACCUUCGAACACGUUACACAGCCCUGGUUACUCUGAUGACACAGUAUGUGAAGUUUGCCGGUGAAACACUGAAGAGGGCGGAAGAGGAUGAGAGGAGAAAGUCAUUGGAAAAUGCAGAGUACUUGAGCUGGACUGAGAGCAUAGAGCUGCAGAAAUCUGCAAGUGAAGAGGAGAUCGCCAGGCUUAGGCAUCAGGUACUGGACCUCGAGGCUUCGCUGUCUAACAGGCAACAGCAGCUGGACAUCCUGGGGGCAGACCUUGAGAUGCAGAAAAAGUCAAUCGAGGACUUAACCUUACAUAAGUCAAAAGCUGAGUAUGAGGCUCAGAAAUACCGUGUUGAACUAGAAGCUGUGAUCAAAAGCAAGGGUUCCAUGGAGCAAGAGUUGAAUCGUGCUCGACAACAGGUUCAGCAGUCAGAGGCCAAACAGGCCUCGCUGGAAGAGAGCCUCCGCAACCUUAAAAAAAGCAUAGAGGAGAGCACAUUAGCCCGUAAGAAGCUGGAAGAUCAUUUACGUCGCAAGGACAGUGAUGUACAGGGCCUGGAGGAGCAUAGUCGCACGUUAGAGCGAGAACUUAGGGCUAAGGAAGACGCCGAGGCAGAGCUUCUUAGCCAAGUGAGAAUCAUGGAAAUGGAUCUGGCCCACCAGUCAGAAGUCAGGAUGAUGCCAAGUGAAUCCAGGUUGGGUUUCUCCAAAGAAGGUGCACAACUGGCAUCUUUUAAAACCAGUUCUUUAAUAAUCCAUUCUGAAUCUGAGGCAGAAGUCCUACAGCGCAAAAUGGAGGAGCUCAUUAUGGGCAAGAAGCGAGCUGAGACUGAAAUCAAGUCCUUGAAAUCCGAAUUGAACUCAAUUAUUGUCCACAAAACUGUGGCUGAGGAGAAAGCUCAACGUUUCAAAGAACUCUUGGAUGAAGCAAACAACAGGCUUUUGAAGCUACAAGUGGAAAUGGAUGCAGAUAGGUCCAACAUGAGACAGAAAUCAGAGGAGUUGAGACAAGAAACUUCUGAACUAAAGAAGUCUGUCUAUGUGUAUCAAGAACAAAUCAAAUCUCUCCAAAGAGACAAAUCUGCUCUGGAGCAAAGAGUGCUAUUCCAGAAGACAGAGGUCGAUGGCCUAAAAGACCAGUUCAAAGUCAAUCAAGGGAAACUUCUACAGUGGACCUCUUUGGAACAGGAGAGCACUCAUAAGUUGAGGUGCCUGGAAGACGAGUUGUCUUCCAAACAGUCUGAGGUAGAGCAGAUGACAUUCAAGGUGAAUGAACUUAACAGAAAAAAUCAAUUAUUGGAAAGUGAUACCCGUCAUCUUAAGGUAAGUAUUGAGUCAAUCCAGCAGGACAAAUCACAUGCUGACCAAAAGAUUAAAACCCUGAAAGGUGAGGCAGAGGUUUUGAAGGAGCAACUGCAGAGAGCCAAAGAAGAAAUCAAUCUGAAGACAAGAACAGAGAAGGAAGCUCAACUCAAAAUCAAAAACCUUGAACUAGAGCUUCAGAAAUGUUCCUUGCAAGUGACCCAGCUUACCAAGAAAGUAGAAGAACUCAAGAAGAUUAACAUGGAGACUGAACGGUCCAUUAAAAAUGUGAAAGCUCAACUUGAUAGAGCGUCCAUUGAGAUUGACAGUAAGGAACAGCAAAUUAAUAUACUCAGAUCCCAGGCAGAAAGUGCAAAAUCUCAGGUAAAAAUUGUUGAAGAGGAACUUCUGAACAAAACACAGGUAUCUCAUGAGCUUCAAAUCAGACUUAAAGAUUACAACGAAGAAGCCAAAAAGACAGCCGAGCUGCAGCAGAAGAUCAAGUCUCUAACAUUGACCAUCACCAACUAUGAAAAAGAUAUUUCAAAUCUCAAAGCAGAGCUGAGUUCUAUAACCACUGAGAGGAAUCUGGCUAAUCAGAAGGUUCAGGAACAUAAAGUCGAGAUAAAUAACCUGAACAUGGCUUUAAAAAAAGCCAUAGGAGAAUCUCAAAGGGAGUCAUCUGAAGGUAAAAAGAGCUUGUCAAAAGUUCGAGAACUUGAAAAUGAGCUUUUGAAAUGUAAGCAGACAAUUAGUAGGAUCAGUGGAAGUUCAGAGAAGGCCACAGUAAGCCUGAAACAGGACAUUUCAUCCCUUCAGAGGGAUAAGCAAACUGCUGACCAGAAGUUACAGGUUUUAAAAUGUGAAUUUGAUGAUAUUAGUUCCACUCUAAAAAUAACAAAAGAUGAGCUACAGCGAGUGACUGACGAAAACAGGUUAAGUCGGUCCAAACUCAAAGAACUGGAGGCAGAACUCCAAAGGAAAAGUUCUGUUAUGCGAGAAUUGAGCUCAAGCGCAGAUAAAUCUGUACUGAAUUUAAAACAAGAACUAGUCACUUUUCAGAACGAUAGGAAUGCUGCAGAAGACAGAAUCACAAGUUUAACUCUGCAGACGUCAGAGCUGAAGCAGAAGUUGAGACAAACCCAGGAAGAGCUUAAACAGAAGCAAAAUCAAACAGCAGCUGCUGAGUUGAGAUCACAGAAGCUUGCUGAACAACUGGACAACUGUAAAAAGAUGCUUAACGAUCUCAAAGGCAAACUCGACUUACAAAAGAAAGGCUAUGAGACUCAACUGCAGCUAGUGCAGGCUGAAAUGGUGCAAAAGCUUUCGCUGCAGGAAUCACGCUUAAAGUUGGAGCAUGAGAGGAAAUUAAAGGAGCACUUGCAUACUGUGGAAAGUGCUGAGAGAGACAACAAGCACCUGUCUCAAGAAGUGGAGAAGUUGAAAACAUUCACUUCUAAUGCAACAAAAGCAAAACAAGAGGCUGAAGAACACCUCUGCAACGUACGCAUGCAGUUGGAUGAAUCUGACAGGCAGAGGGGAAUACUUGACCUUGAACUUCUCAAAGCAAAAUCAAAGAUUUCUGAGUUAGAAAUGGAAAAAAUCAGAGUGAAAUCCAGUAUUUUUCAACUUGACAAUAUUCACAAAGACAGCUCAAACGACAUAUCAAGGUUUAAGCAAAUGUUGACAGAGACUGAGCAGAAAUUGGGCAUCUCAGAAAGGGAAGCAAGAUCUCUAAAGGAACAGAUUGUUUCGUACAUCAGUGAAAUGAAGUCUCUACAGGAGAAGAAUCUGAAGCUUGAGGUAGCAGUCAAUUCUGAGAAGAAGCAUCUAAAAGAACUGGAGGCACUCGGACAUGCCAGUCAUCAGUGUGCUAAAGAUGAAGAGCUGGCAAAGCUAAAGACUGAACUUCAGCUGACUCAGAAAAUUGUUGUGUCAUAUGAAGAAGCAAAAAGGAACAUGGAGGAGGAACUCAAGAAAAUGAAAAUGAGCUCUGAGAUAGCUACACUGGAAAAGGAAAAAGUGCUGGAGGAGCUACGAAAAGUAAAGCAAAGCAAAGUGCAAGUGAUCAAUGAGAGAACGCUGGAAUAUGCUACCAAGGCAACAGAAAAUCCAGUUUCACUCCAGAAUUCAAAUGCUUUUGAACUACACAAAAACCAAGUGAUGGCUGGUAACAGUCAGAGUGAGAUGACUGACACUAUACUUGGGAAAAGCUCAGUGUCUGAUAAAGGCAGGUCUGGUAAAAGUCAGACUGUUUCAUUCAAUAUCAUUGAUUCUGAUUCCUCCAUCGAUCUUGCUUCUGGCUCGCCUGUAACAAGUAAAUCAAAAGUGCUAAAAAUUAAAUCUUCUUCCAAUAAAAUUCAAGGUCUCAGAGGACGGAUAAGUAUUAAAAAGUUGGUAAAAACUAAAAUAAUUACUCAGGAAAUUGCACUCAAGUUGCAAACAGGCCUCAUCACUAUAGAGGAGAUAGAAGCAUCACUUGCUCAAUUCAUUGGUAAACCAUCCUCAAUUGCAGGUGUUUACAUGGAGUCAAGCAAGAAAAAGCUGUCCUUCCUAGAUGCUGCUGCAGGAGGAUUUAUAUCUAAAACCUAUGCCAUUGAGUUUCUGGAAGCACAAGCUGCCACAGGAUGCAUCAUUGAUCCUAUGACAGGUGAAACUUACUCGCCGUCAGAUGCUUUUGAGAAAGAUAUCAUUACUGGGGAUCUCAAGGACAAAAUAACUGAAGCUUACAAAGCAGUCAGUGGUUAUACUCAUGCUGGGAAGAUUCUUUCAGUGUUUCAAGCUAUGGAGGAGAGAAUUAUAGACAGGCAUCGAGGUAAAGCGUUAAUAGAAACGCAGAUCGCUACUGGAGGGUUGAUUCACCCACUGAUUGGAAUUAGGGUACCCAUGGAUUGUGCGCUAGAGCAGGGGCUUGUAAAUCAAGCCACCCUUCAAAGUCUCUAUGAUCCAGUCAGCAACCCAAAAGAUUUUCACUAUGCAGAAACAGGGCAGAAGGCGUACUAUAGCGAACUGCUCAGAAUCUGUGUGUAUGAUGUCCAUGGUGGAGUAUAUCUUCUUCCUUUUGGUGACCAGCACCUGUACACCCUCUCACCAUCCAGCAAACACAGGAUAUCGGUCAUCGACACUUCUAAUGGUGCGAAAAUGUCAGCCUACGAAGCAUAUAAGGCCAGCCACAUUGACAAGAGAACUUACCUAUUUCUCUCACAACAAGAGAGCGAAUGGCAAGAGAUAACAAUCAUGGACUCAAGUAGGAACCUUCUACACAUCCUAACAGACCCUAAGAGUGGGCGGCAGCUUUGCAUUGAAAAUGCUCUUAGUCUGAAAAUUCUCCAAAUGGAAGAGCUCAACAGCUACCGGAGUGGUCAGCUCAGUAUUUCUGAGCUUGCUGAUCUUUUGAUUUCCAGAAGAGUUGUCUUUAAAGUUCCAAACAGUCCCGUUGCAGGACUCUGGGAUGUUUCUUUGAAGAAACGACUCCCGGUUUUCAAAGGACACCAGCAGAACCUUGUGGACCGACUCACCACGCUGAGGCUGCUAGAAGCUCAGGCUUGCACUGGAGGCAUCUGUGAUCCAGCAUCUGGAGAAAGGGUUCUGGUUAAAGAAGCACAACAUCGAGGACUCUUGGAUGAAGGUUUUGCCAGACAGCUCCAGCAAUGUGAGCAAGCCUAUUAUGGUAUCAUUCACCCUCAGAAUGGAAAGACUUUGACUGUGGCCCAGGCGAUGCAAGAGAACCUUUUCCCGAAAGAUGUUGGAGUGAAGUGUCUUGAGUUUCAACUGGCGACUGGUGGGCUCAUUAACCCAGAGAGCCAAGAGAGAGUCUCUUUGGAGGAUGCGAUACAGAAUUGCUUGAUCGACAAAGCAACUGCUGCACAUCUUCAACAUGACAAUUCCCAUUCGAAAUUUAUCACCUGCCUCAAAACCAAGCGAAAAAUUUCUCUCAAGGAAGCUCUAGAAAAGAGUGUCUUUGACAGCCACACUGGGUUUGUCCUUCUUGAAGCAACAAAACCCCAUAGUACUGGCAAUACUUCAUCCUUCCAAUACUUCUGGACCUAUCGGUCUGUUGAGGAUGAGAAGAAAGAGCAUGGUGAUAAGGUUAACAAGUUGUUAAAUUGGAUGAAAACGAAUCCAAACAAAGAUGGAAAGGCUCAAAGUGAUGGCAAACCCAGCACUGAGGGCACUAGUAAGCCCCAGAUGUCAUUGGAGGAGAUGGUGACAAAGAAGGAACAAAUUGGAGAAGCAUUGCGAACUACCCAGCUGAUGCUAACCAAACACAGUGACAAAAUGACUGAAGAAGAAAAGCAAGAAGCAAAAGAACAGCUGAAAUCUCUUCAUCAGGCAUACAGCGAGCUCUCUCAACAGAGUGCAGAUGCAGCUUCCUCAGCUGAUCAGGCACUACAGGUCAUCCAAGGGAUUCUGGAUGUUGAAAGUGGAGCUGUCAUGUCUGUGUGUUACUCUGUGAACAAUGGCUUCAUCGACCAAAACACAGGACUUGGUCUUCUAGAGGCACAGCUUAUAACCACUGGACUCAUUUGGCCUGAACAGCACUUGUAUAUGGACUUAGAGGAAGCAUUCAAGAACAAACUUGUGGAUGACACAAUGUGCAAGCAACUGCAAGACUUGAAUGAAACGAAAAAAUGUCUUCGGGAUCUUCAGUUUGCUUUAGAACCCUUGCCGGUUAUGGCAGCUCUGGAAAAUGGGGCUAUAUCUGAGCAAACAGCUAUGAAGGUCAUUGAAAUCCAGCUAGCGACUGGAGGGUUAAGACUGACAUACACUGGUGAUAUUCUACAUCUGGAAGGGGCUUUUCAACUUGGCCUGAUACCUCAGUCGCUCUUUAUCCAGAUAUUGGAGAGGAAGGACACAUGGAAGAACUUGAUUGACCCCAACAUAAGUGACAUAGCUUCCACUCAGCCGUUGAAUGCAAUGCAGUUACCACAAACAGCCUUUUCUAUAGCAGCAACUGCCUCAAGUCUGUGCUCGAUGGUAGCAAAUCCUGAAUGUCAUGAUGCCAGUAAAGACCAGGAAAAACAUUCAAAAUACUCACCACUAUUGUCCAGUGACACAACCAGUUAUACAGAAGUGCCCUCUGAAUUUCCACAUACAGAGGUUGUGUGGGAUGACAAAAUUGAGAGAGAUUAUGCCAUCCAUCGUCUUAGGGCACAAGUGGAGGAAGGUGGGAUUUUGGAUGUCACCUCUGGAAAACGGUAUGACCUUGCAGCUGCUCUCGAUAAAGGCCUUAUUGAUGAAGAGACUGUCUUAGAAGUACUUGCACUGCAGCUUCAAGAGGAUGGUCUGAAAGAGAACGAAAAGGCUGCUUUGUCAGUUCUGAACAUUUCUGUCAGUAAAGGCUGCAUCUCAAGUAAGGUAGCACUACAGAUCAUGGAAAAGCAGAACCUUCUUGGUGGUUUCUAUGAUGCAGCAGUUGGAAGAACCAUUAGCGUCCGUGAUGCUUUAGAGACAAAUCUGAUUACUGAUGAUCUCAGCAGAAGUGUUCUCUCUUCAGAGGCAAUCAGGAAGGCCAUCAUUGAUCCAGAGAGGAAGUGUGUGCUCAGUGUAAAUGAUGCCCAUCAGUCUGGGAUGUUGGAUGAUGAAGAGGCUGAGAGGAUGCUACAUUCACAGCAGAAUGAAAUUGAAGACAUCAUGGUGCCUGAUUUAGCAAAAAGAGGACAAAUAAGCUUGAGAUCAGAUGAAGCCACACAGGUAUCUACCGACAUAGCAUGUGUGAGCAGUAGUCAGGAUCUUCUGUUACCCACCAUUUGUGGCAUGCCGUCUAAAGCCAUUUCAGCAAAAGACGAUAUGUUUGAUAAAGUUUCUGAGACUAAUGAAAUAGGGGAGGAUUGUGAUGUACGAUGUGGUAAUUUCAAGACUAUGGAUUCUAAAAAUGAGAUAGACACAACAGAUGAAAGAAAAGGAAGGUUCAUUUUGGAAGGAAAUGAGAUAAAAAGUCCAAAUAACAGCGUAGACCCUUUUGUUGUUGAUGUUUCUUGUGAAACUGUAAGUCAUUCACCAUGUAUCAGGCAGAUGGCAUAUCUUGAGACUACGGCGAGUCAGGUUGUUAGUCCUGUGCAGAGUGACUCUAGAAUAUUGUGUUCAUCACAAAGUGAUAUCUGCUCCGAAGAAAGGAAAUCUGAGAGUAUACUUAAUCCUAAACAGGAAUUCAACAGGUCCAAAGUGGAGUCUGAAGCAACAAAUGCAUGUUUUGACAAAGGUCUCUCUGAGAGCUUGAGCACUUCACUACCAAUGGUGGAAGAUGUUGGGCAAGUUAGAAUACUUGCAGAAGCACAGUCAACCUCGUCUUUAUGUUUUGCAAGUGCCAAGUCACCAAUGGAGACUGCAACAGAGGUGGAAUUAAGUACUGAUGAUCAGUCCAUAUUAGCUCAUGAGAAAGUGCAUGCAUCAUAUAAAGUUGAAUAUGCCAAUAAUAUAAGUGAGGACCUAGAUCAUGAGCAUUCUGAUGAGGAUUCAGGUGCGUUUAGUUCAGAGAAAAGAGUACUAGAGAUGGUUAAGUAUGAGGACAUGUCAGAAAUGUUCAGAAAUGCACCAAAAACAAAACCUGAGCCCAGAGUGGUCUGUACAGAAAGCAGUAUUGAUUGUAAGAUAGAAGAGAGUGAUGACAUUGAAGACUCUGUGGGUUUCAAAGGAUCCGAGGACACAUGUCAGCUCAGUUUGAUAGAUUUAGCUGGAUCAACAGUAAAUUCCAAACAGUUGCCACUCGAAAUUGUUACUAAUUCUAGUCAAGUUGAUUCAAGUGGAGGUAAUCAUAACAUACAGCACCCAAGUGAGCAAGGCAUAUUUUGUAAUCAUGUAGCCCCAAAGGCCACUACAAAAGAUGAGUUAGCCAGGUCAUCUGAAUCAGACUUUACAAGUCACAAUGAUAAACGAGUAAAAGAUGUAGUAGAAAUGCCAGAGUCAUCCUCGGGUCAAUCUUCAGAGGAUAUGUUCGCAGAAUCCAAUGAAUUGCAGUCUGUCCGCCAAAUUCCAAGUCCUUCCGUCAAAAUCAUGCUUGAUCAGAAUAGCGAACAAAGUGCAGACAUCUUCAACCAGUCUCAAGCUGGAGACUGUGCUACAGUGGUUGCUGAAGGUGUACACCAGGAUGACCUUCAUUUAUCUCACAUGGCGAUGGCCGAAGAUGAAAGUUUACCGAAAUCAAUGGGAAGCAGGGAUAUAAAGUCUUUUUUAAAUGCGUUAAUCCAAAUGAAGAUGGAUGGAGCAAGUAUAGACAAGACUCAAAAACAAAAAAGCCAAGCCAUCGAUAGCAUUAUUGAAAUUAUUCAAACUCAAUCCAGUUUGAAUAUAUCCAACUCAAAUGAGAGAGGUGGGGAUCCAGAUAUCCUUUUGGAUUUGAAAAAACAUGAAGGACCAAGAGAAGCUCAGAACUGGCCAUCUGAUGAGAGUAAUGAUGAACUAAAGCAACAGACUGAUCUGCUGGUGAUGAGUCAGAGGAUCUCCACAAGCAGAGAUCAAGAAAUGCUCAAGGAAGUGGAUGGAAAGCUAAGCAGUUUUUUGGAGUGCACUGCCCUGAGAGAUGAAAGCAUGGAAGCUAAAAGCAUUGCUGUUCCAACCACAUAUGCUGCUGCUACAGAUGAUGCCUUUCAGCCAACCGGCUCUAUCCACCAGGUCUCCAUGGCAGAGGAUCCAAACAUAAAACAAACAGAUGGCGUCAAACCGAGAAGAUAUUCCACCCAGAAUUACUUGGAAUGUGUUGGGAGGCUUCAGGAUCAUUGCGAUACUCUUGAAGAUAUAAGAAGUGACUUGCAGACCAAGGGUCCAUUAGCAGAAGACAUUGAGGGGUUGCAUAGUCAAUUAGAGGAAGUUCAGUCUCUGGAAGCACAGAUUGCUGCUCUUCCUGACUUGCUUACAGCAGAUUUGAGUGCAGCAGAGCAACUUCUGAAUUCUGCUGAUGAGCUCAUUCCCAUGCAAAUCCACCAAGAUUUGGCUGCAGUCUAUGUAGAUUUACAGAAUGCUUUCACAGAUGUUUGCCACUUGUCAGCUGAGCGAAGUAAUGCUAUUCUACUAGCCGUUGACACAGUGAAGAUCCAUUUGGAAACCUCAUAUCAAGAGUUGCUAAGCUGUCUUGAUAAGGUCUCAGCUUGUAUACAAGGCAAUUAUGAGAUGGUGUCUAAGCUUGAUAUCAUGGAUGCUGAUAACAUAGAAAGAACUAAGAACAAGGUUCAGCAAAAUAAGGACAUAGAGAAAGACUUAUCAGGAACCCGGCAGCUCCUGGAAGACGCUGCUUUUGAUAUCCAAAACUUCAUUUCUGAGCAUGCUCAGUUCCUGAGUCCGACUCAUAGCAGAUACCUUCUAAGGGCUCUCAGCGCUACCCAGAGAUCCUACAAAGAGCUCAUGGACAGAGUCUUCACUCAGAGACAAACUCUAGAGGUCCAACUGGAGAUCCGUGAGGAGCAGAAUCAGAAGAAGGCUGCUGUGGAGAAGCAGAGGGAGUUUUCAGAAAAGCUGCAGGAGCUGUUUGAUGAUCUGACACAGACAGAAAACCGCCUCAUUGGCCACCAGCAGCAGGCUGCCAGUGCAAAGACUGUGGGAGACCUCCAGCAAUACCAACAAGAGCAUCAGGCUCUACAGAAAGACCUGCAAGCUAAUGCCAGUGCUCUCAAUGAAGUCAUCAGUAGCACAAAGAAGUUUCUGGAGGAGAAUCGUAGCAAACUCACUCCAGAGCAAAUAUCAGCUCUUGAAAACAAACUGGAGGAAUUGAAGAGCAAAGUGAACAUGCUUAACCAGAGGGCAGAAGAGUCAAGGAAAGAUCUAGAGACGGUUUUGACCAGUGCUAUCAAGCAGGAGACUGAGACGGUAGCAGCUGUUGAACAACUUGAAGAGAGCAAAACUAAGAUUGAGGGUCUUCUAGACUGGAUCUCUAACGUUGGGAAAGAGAAAGAAAUGGGUGGAAUACAAAAGGACCAGAUGGUUAAACGGAAUGGAAACAUGCCUGAGAACACAUCAGUGAAGAGAAUAAUUGGAGAGGAAGAUGAUCCUAAUGGAAAUGCAUUAGAUACUACAGACAACACAAGUCUGCGUACUGGUGAAAAACAAGACUGUAUAAACCUGGACCUGGACCAGCAGUUUAACAGGGUUCAAGCCCACCACCAGGAGAUCUUGUCUCAACAGCAGGAUCUGAUCAUCGCCACACAAUCAGCACAAGCGUUACUCGACAAACAGGCUCAAGUCCUGUCACCCGCUGAAAAAGACAAGUUACAGAGGGACAUUAAAGAGCUGGAGGGUCGCUACAAGGCCUCCCUCACGCAGGCCGAGCAGCAGAUGAAGCAGGUCCAGACUGUCCAGGAGGAGCUUCAGAAGUUCAAGGGGGACUGUGAGGAGUUUGAGACGUGGCUACAGCAGGCCACAGGGGAGAUGGAGGAGCUCGGUGCGCCCGCUGCUGCUCUGGACACUCUGAGUAACAAUCUACAGAGACAGAAGAGUUUCUCUGAGGACGUCAUCUCUCAUAAAGGAGACCUGCGUUUCAUUACCAUCUCCGGUCAGAAGGUGCUGGACGCAGCGAAGGCCUGUGAUUGUAGUGAAUCUGGGGGAGCUGGCGGCCUGCCAGUGGUUGAAAUGUCCGGGACUUGUGCUGCAGUGAAAGAAAGGCUGGAUUCUGCCGCCAGUCGCUACAAAGCCUUGCAUACGCAGUGUAAUCAGCUGGGAAAUAACCUGAAAGACGUGGUGGACAAGUACAAGAAGUAUGAAGAUGCCAGUGGUGCUCUGGUGAAGUGGCUGAAUGUCUCUGAGGAAGAGUCCAGAAGGCAGCAGUCGGAGCCCAUUGCUGGAGACCCACAAACCCUACAGAGACAGCUGGAGGAGACCAAGAGUCUUCAAGGGCAAACAACGUCCCGUCAGGCUGCGGUGGAUUCGCUGAGAAAAACAGCUGAUGCUUUGAUCAGCGCAGAGGGAGACCUGCUGUCCCAUCCAGAGGAGAUUCAGGAGACAGUGGAUGACAUCAUAGAGAGAUACGACAACCUGUCGAAGUCAGUGAGUGACCGCAAUGAGAAGCUGCAGGUGACUCUGACGCGCUCUCUGAGUGUUCAGGACGGCCUGGAUGAGAUGAUGUCCUGGAUGGAGAAGGUGGAAGAGAGCGUGAAGGAGAUGCCAAAAGUGCCGCUGGACUCCAGCUCUAUUGCAGAUGCUCUUAGCAAAGAGGCAGCUCUGGAGCAGGACAUGUCCAGCAGGCAGAGCAGCAUCUUGGCCAUGAAGGCAAAGGUGAAGAAGUUUGUGGAGAGCGCUGAGCCGGCCGCUGCCGUACUCCUGCAGGCUAAGAUGGAGGGCUUGUCCCAGCGGUUUACUGACGCCUCUGAGCAGCACAAGCAGAAGGUGGCUCAGAUGGAGGAGCUCAGAGACAAGGUGGAGCAGUUUGAAAAGACAUCUGAGAAGGUGCAGCAGUUUGUACUGAAGAGCUCACAGGCUCUCUCCGAGACAGACGGGCCAGGAAAGAACGUCGCUGAGCUCUCCCAGCUCGUCCAGGACACAAAUGCAGAGUUAGCCGAGCACGCAAAGGAUAUGGAAACGCUCCAGAAACUGACUGAGGAACUCGGCAAGCUGGGUCCAGAAGGAAGCACAGCUCUUCUUCAGAGCAAGAUGCAGAACAUCUCUGACAACUUUAAUGCUUUGAAGGAGACAAUUACUGAGAAAAAAGAGGAGGUUUCAUCCUGCCAGAAGCAGCUGCAGGAGUUCAAAGCUGCCGCAGGGGUGUUAAUGAAAUGGCUGGAGGAGACAAAAGAGCAAGUGCCAGUGCUUCAGCCCAACUGCAGUGAACAGGGCCUGGGAACAGACCUGCAGAAAGUCAAUGGCUUAUUGGGCGAUUGGACUUCCAAAGCUCCUGCAGUCCAGGAUAUAAAUAGCAAAGGACCUGCUCUAUGUAGCCUAAUCAGUGUUUUGACAACACCGGCCAAAGCCAAGAUACGUCACAACUCAGGAUCAGCUGUCAAUAACGGUUCUGGUCCAGGCAGCCAUUCCUAUCUGACAAACCAAGAGUUGAUGCUGGUACAGCAGAACAUGUCCUACAUUAACAACAAUUACGAACAUCUGGGGGAACUCCUGAAGGCCAGGUCCUCCGAGCUCGGUGCUUUGUUAAAGAGAGUUCAAGGUGUCCAUGAUCAGGCUGAGUCUUUACGUCAGUGGAUGGAAGACACAAAGAAAACGGCAACAUCAUUGAGCAACCAUCCUUCUGGGAAAGACACAGUAAAAUCACAGAUAGAGCAACAGAAGGUCUUUGAAGAUAAUAUGAAACUAAAGCAAGUGCAGCUUCAGCAGCUCAGGGAGAAUCUGCUCGGCUUAAUCGAGGAACACCCUGAUUCACCCGAGGCAGAACAGUGGAAGCACAUGCUGGCACAGAUAGACGCAGGAUGGGAGGAGGUCAGGGGCACAAUGGAGAUCCGGAAACAGCACCUGGAGGAGGCGUCCCGCAUGCUGGAGCUCUUCCAGACGACCCAGCCGCAGCUCUCGCAGUGGCUGCAGGAGAAGGAGUUGAUGAUGGGCGUCCUGGGGCCUCUGUCUGUGGAUCCAAACAUGCUUAACACACAAAAGCAGCAAGUCCAGAUUCUCCUCAAGGAGUUCGACAGCCACAAGCCUCAGUAUGAGAAGUUAACCGAGGCGGCCACAGCCAUCGCUAGUGCGUCAGAGCAGCAGGAUCCUGCCGUAGAGCAGGUUAAAGAACAGCUAGCAUCUGUUUCCCAGAAGUGGCAGGCCCUGACAGGUCAGCUGUCUCAGAGACAUGCCCUCAUUGAGCAGGCUGUCAGUAAGACCACUCAAUUCCAGGAGCUCUUGCGAAGCCUUAGUAAAAGUGCCACUUGCCUGGAGACUGAACUUAAUAACCAACAGGCCCUCAGCACCCAACCUGAUGAAGUCAAGAAGCAGAUUGAAGCCACUAAUACAAUCCUGGCUCAGCUACGAGAGGAGAAGAAGAAGCUGAAGGAAGCAGAAACUGUCUGCUCUGAGCUCUCUGCCAUGGUGACUGAAGAGUAUCUCAGAGCAGACUUGACAAAACAGCUUGAGGGCAUCACUAAACCAUUUAGACAACUUGAGGACAAAGCAGGAAAGCGGAUUGAGCAGCUCAACUCAGCCUUCGCUAGCUCCCAGCAGUUCCAUCAGACAUCGAAGGACUUCCAAGCCUGGCUGAAUCAGACUCUGCAGGAGGAGUGUAAGCCACAUCCCAUCUCUGCUAAUGCGGAGAAGUUAAAACAGAGUCUCAAGGAGAACAGUACUGCUCAAAAGGCCAUUAGUGAGCAUGACGAACCUUAUAACACCAUCAUUAAAGAGGGAGAAGCUCUGCUCCAGAGCACGGAGGGGGCAGAAAAGGUGGCCCUUCAGGGACAGCUCUCUGCUCUAAAGUCCAGCUGGGACGAUGUGAAGAAAGGUAAUGCUGAGCAAGCAGAAAAACUUCAAGGGGCCUUGGAGAGGACACUGAAGUACAAAGAACACUAUGAGAAACUGAGCUCAUGGUUGCAAGAGGUUGAAGACAGGGAGAAGUAUGUGAAGCUCAGCGCGAACUCGGUGGAGAUCGAGGGCUCCCUCUCGCAGUUGAAGGCCAUCCAGAAAGACGUUGAGAAGCAUAGAGGGCAAGUUGUGAUGAUGAACGCAGCUGCAGACAGCCUUCUGGAGGUAGUCACUUCAGAUGACGAUUUGGUUAGGGAGGAGAAGGCAGCCAUUGGUAAAAAAGUGGAUAAGCUGACAGAAGAUUUAACGCUCAAAAAAGAAUCGUUAGAAAACAUCUCACAGAAGCUAAAAGAGUUCAACGACUUACAGAAGGAAGCCAAAGGGCAGCUGGAGGCUGCCAGGAAACAGCUGGAUUCUCAUUCGGCUUUGGGUGUCCAGGCCUACAGCAACAAGAACCUGACCAACAUGAACGCUCAGCAGAACAGCUUAGAGGGUGUCCACAACCAGAUUGAGCAUCUCAAAAAUGUUGCAAAAAGUCUUGUGGUAGAUGCCUCUGAGGUGGAAGGUGUGACAGACCUUCUUCUUCAGGCAGACAGCUUGGAAAAAGACCACAUGUCAAUUACCAAAAAGGUAGAGGAUGCUUGCUCCACCUUGGAGGACAAACUCCAGGGCAUUGGACAAUUCCAGAACAGUAUUCGUGAAAUGUUUGCAAACUUUACAGACCUGGACGAUGAGUUUGAUGGGAUGGCUCCUGUAGGCAGGGAUCUUGACACCUUAGGGGAUCAGCAAAGCACUAUCAAAGAAUUUAUUGCUAGACUUCAGGAUCUGAUGACCAACACAGCCAAUGGCAGAGACAGUUGCAAGAAGAUGCUGGAGUCAGAGGCCUCACCAGAUCUCCUGGGUCUGAAGAGAGACUUGGAAACCCUGGGCAAGCAGUGUGGAAAGCUGAUGGACCGAGCCACGGGUAGAAGAGAACAGGUUGAGGAGACCCUCAGUCAUCUGGAGGAGUUCUACGGCAAGGCGCAGGAGUUUACCCACAGACUGAGCAGUGCCGAAAAACAAGAGGAGUCCCAAGGGUCUGUUGGAUUGGAAACAGAAGUCAUUAACCAACAACUGGAGUCCUUCAAGGUUUUCCAAAAGGACGCCAUUGAGUCGCUGCAGAGCCAAUUGCAGGAGUUGAACACUCUGGGCCAGGCACUGAUCCAAAAUGCCGCCAAAGGCACCAGCACCAAAAAACUUGAUCACGAUCUAGAGGAGGUCAACACCAGAUGGAACACCCUCAACAAAAAAGUUGCGGAGCGAUCUGCACAGCUUCAUGAAGCCCUGCUGCACUGUGGCAGGUUCCAGGAUGCACUGGAGUCCCUUCUCAGCUGGCUCACGGACACAGAGGAGCUGGUGGCCAAUCAGAAGCCUCCAUCAGCAGAAUUCAAAGUGGUGAAAGCACAGAUACAAGAGCAGAAGCUCCUGCAGAGACUGCUGGAUGACCGGAGAGCUACGGUGGAGCUGAUUAAGAUGGAGGGACGAAAGGUGACCGACUUAGCUGAUACUGUUGAUAAGGAGAAGAUUGCGAGAGAGAUUGAAUGCCUAGGGCAAAGGUGGGACGCCCUACUUAAGAAAGCUGAGAACAGACAAAAGCAGUUGGAGAACAUUUUGGUGGUGGCACAGCAAUUCCAUGAGACCCUUGUGCCUUUGACGGAGUGGCUGACAGCUACCGAGAAAAGACUAGCCAACUCAGAGCCCAUCGGCACCCAGACGUCCAAGAUAGAGGAGCAAAUUUCUCAGCAUAAGGCUUUAGAGGAGGAGGUUUUGGGCCGUGGUAAGAUCUCGUACCAGGCCAUGAGUCUGGGCCAGUCUCUACGGGCGGUCAGCUGUGCGGAUGACAAGGAGCUGGUGCAGGCAAAGCUUGACAACACGCACAGCAGCUACAUCGAGCUGCAGGAGCAUUGCCGCCAGAAGGCUGAGUUAUUGUGGCAGGCCCUGGCUAAUGCGCAGCUCUUUGGGGAGGACGAAGUGGCCCUAAUGACCUGGCUUGAUGAGGUGCACGGCAAACUGAGCGAAGUCUCGAUCCAAGACUACACGACGGCCAUGCUCUCAAAACAGCAUGCUGAGCAGCUGGCUCUUCGUGAAGACAUUGAGUUGAGGAAACAAAAUAUUGAACAGGCCGUCCUAAAUGGGUUAGAACUGCUGAAACAGACCACAGGCGAUGAGGUUGUCGUCAUCCAAGGUAAACUAGAUGGAAUAAAGACGAGGUAUUCAGAAAUCAACACAAUGAGCAAAAAUGUUUCAAAGACUCUGGACAAAGCCCUGUCUCUUGCCACAAAGCUGCAAAACACUCAUGAAGAGCUGAACUCCUGGUUGGAGAAGGUAGAGUCUGAGCUGGCCACGUUUACAGCUCAAGAGCCAGUCGGAGAGCAGCUCACUCACUUACAAGAGAGGCAGAAAACACUGAUGAAGGAGGUUAAGGAUCAGAAGCCACUGGUUGAUUCUCUUAAUGAAGUGAGCAGCGCUCUGCUGGAACUCAUACCAUGGCGAGCAAGAGAAGGCUUGGACAGGAUGGUCACAGAUGACAACGAGCGCUACAGAACAGCUAGCGAUGCCAUUACACAGCAUGUAGACCAGACCGGAGCUGCCAUCUUAAAAUCCCAGCAGUUUGAGCAGGCUGCCACCACUGAGCUUGAGUGGCUGACGGAGGCAGAGAGGAAGUUGUCAUGCCUUGGGGACGUCAGGCUUGAGCCGGAGCAGACCACAGCUCAGUUACAGGCUCAGAAGAGCUUCUCCAUGGACAUUAUGAGACACAAAGAUGCUGUGGAUGCCAUUGUGAAGACCAGCGAGGUCAUUAUGAACAGCAAAGCUGAGGCAGAGAAGCAAGCACUGAGGAUGAAGCUCCAGACACUGUCAGAGAAAUACAAUGUGGUUAGUCAGCUGAAUUCGGAGCGCUGUCUGCAGCUGGAGAGAGCUCAUUCUCUGGCCUCCCAGUUCUGGGAAACAUACGAUGAACUCUGGCCAUGGCUGCAGGAGACCAGGACUACCUUCACUCAGCUGUCCCAGCCGGCUAUUGAGUACGAAGCCCUUCGACAGCAACAAGAGGAGCUGAGGCAAAUGAGGGAGCUGAUAGCAGAGCACAAGCCACACAUCGACAAGAUGAAUAAAACUGGACCUCAGCUUGUGGAGUUGAGUCCCACUGAAGGGCUGCCAAUCAGAGAGAAAUACGAGACCUCAGAAAAACUGUACAGCCAGCUGAAAGUCGACGUCAAGCACAGAGCAGCUGCCCUGGAUGAGGCCAUCUCCAAAUCCACUCAGUUCCAUGAUAAGAUAGACCCCAUGCUGGAGUCUCUGGAGCGCAUCGCCGAACGCCUGCGCCAGCCUCCAUCCAUCUCUGUCGAGGUGGAGAAGAUCCGAGAGCAGAUAUCGGAGAACAAAGCGGUGAAUGUAGACCUGGAGAAACUUCAGCCGUCCUAUGAGACCCUCAUGCAGCGAGGAGAGGAGAUGAUCGCUCGCUCCGAAGGAGCAGACAAGGACCUUUCGGCCAAAGCUGUUCAAGAUAAGCUGGACCAGAUGGUGUUUCUAUGGAAUGACAUCCAAGCUCUUCUGGAGGAAAGAGAGGCCAAGCUCCUGGAUGUCAUGGACUUAGCUGAGAAGUUCUGGUGUGAUCACUGCGCUCUCAUCGUCACCAUCAAAGACACGCAUGAUCUGCUGAAAGAGCUGGAGGAGCCUGGAGUCGAUCCUUCAGUGGUCAAGCAACAGCAAGAGUCUGUGGAGGGCUUUAGAGAAGAGAUCGACGGGCUGCAGGAGGAACUGAAUGUGGUCCAGAAUCUGGGGGCAGAGUUUAUGACAGCGUGCGGAGAACCUGAUAAACCAGUGAUCAAGAAAAGUAUAGAUGAGGUGAACUCAGCUUGGGAAAUCCUGAAUAAGGCAUGGAAAGAGAGAGUAGAGACUCUAGAGGAAGCCAUGCAAGCUGCAGUGCAGUUCCAGGACAGUCUCCAGAGCAUGUUUGACUCAGUGGAUAUUAUGGAAGGCAAACUGGAUUUGAUGUCACCCGUGGGCACGGACCUGGAGACUGUGAAACAGCAGAUCGAGGAGCUGAAGGAGUUCAAAGGUGAUGCGUACCAGCUACAGAUCGAGAUGGAAAGGCUGAACCAUCAGACCGGGCUCCUGCUGAAGAAGGUGGUAGAGGAAGCCGACCGCACUUCCAUCCUGGAGCCAAUGAAUGAGCUGAAAAUGCUCUGGGACAACCUGGAUAAAAAGAUCAUCAACAGACAGCACAAGCUGGAGGGAGCGCUGUUGGCUCUAGGGCAGUUCCAGCAUGCUUUAGAUGAACUUUUGGCUUGGCUCACUCAUACUGAAGAGCUGCUUAAUGAACAGAGGAAGGCCUGCGGCGACCCCAAAGCCAUCGAGAUCGAGCUCGCAAAGCACCACGUGUUGCAGAACGAUGUGCUGGCCCAUAAGACCACGGUGGAGGCGGUGAACAAGGCCGGCAGUGACCUCAUUGAUUCCAGUGCUGGAGAGGAGGCGCGAGGUCUGCAGAACAAGCUGGAGAACCUCAACCAGCGCUGGAGGACUAUCCUGGAGAAGACGGAGCAGAGAAGACAGCUUCUGGACAGUGCCCUGCUGCAGGCUCAAGGUUUCCAUGGUGAGAUUGAAGACAUGCAGCGGUGGCUGAAAGACACAGAGCGUCAGCUGUUAGCAUCAAAGGCCCUCGGAGGCUUACCAGACACGUCCCGAGAGCAGCUUAACACCCAUCUGGAGCUCUGCAGUACACUGGAAGCCAAGGAGGAAAUAUAUAAGCAGCUUCUUGACCGAGGGCAGCAGAUUUUGGCCUUGACCCCUGAGGGUCAAGACAGCACCACUGAACUGGACCUUCGCAACCUGCAGGAGAAGUGGGAAUGUGUUCAGGCCAAAGUGACAGAGAGGAAGGUGAAACUGGAGGAGGCGAUGGCGAUGGCCACAGACUUCCAUAACUCACUACAGGAUUUCAUAAAUUGGCUGACGCAGGCCGAACAGACCCUUACUAUGGUCUCCCCUGCCUCCCUCAUCCUGGAGACCGUCAUGUUCCAGAUAGAUGAGCAUAAGGUGUUUGUGACUGAGGUGAACUCACAUCGGGAUCAGAUCAUCGAGCUGGAUAAGACAGGAACACACCUCAAGUACUUCAGUCAGAAACAGGACGUGGUGUUGAUCAAGAACCUCCUGCUGAGCGUUCAAGGCCGCUGGGAGAAGGUCGUGCAGAGAUCAGUGGAGAGAGGACGCCUGCUGGACGAUGCCAGGAAACGUGCCAAACAGUUCCAUGAGACCUGGAACAAACUGAUGGAGUGGCUGGAAGAGUCCGAGAGAGCGCUGGACUCUGAGCUGGAGAUCGCUAAUGAUCCGGACAAGAUCAAGAUGCAGUUAUCCCAGCACAAGGAGUUCCAGAAAACUCUGGGCAGCAAGCAUUCGGUGUGUGACACCACCAGUCGCACGGGCCGAGCUUUGAAGGACAAGACCUCCUUGCAAGAUGACAACCAGAAACUGGAUGACAUGCUCAGUGAGCUCAGGGACAAAUGGGACACAGUCUGCGGGAAAUCUGUGGAGAGGCAGAAUAAGCUGGAGGAGGCUCUGCUGUUCUCAGGUCAGUUCACAGACGCACUGCAGGCUCUCAUCGACUGGCUCUAUAAAGUGGAACCACAGCUUGCUGAAGAUCAGCCCGUGCAUGGAGACAUAGACCUCGUCCUGAACCUCAUCGACAGCCAUAAGGUGUUCCAGAAAGAGUUGGGCAAAAGGACUGGCAGUGUGCAGGCUUUGAAGCGCUCGGCCCGUGAGCUUAUUGAGAGCAGCCACGAUGACUCGUCCUGGGUCAAAGUUCAGAUGCAAGAGCUGAGCACGCGCUGGGAGACGGUGUGCAGCCUCUCUGUGUCCAAACAGACACGGCUCGAGCAGGCACUGUGUCAGGCUGAGGAGUUCCACUCCACUGUUCAUAUCUUACUGGAGUGGCUUGCAGAGGCCGAGCAGAGCCUUCGCUUCCACGGUGCCUUGCCUGACGAUGAAGAAGCCCUCCGCGCUCUCAUUGAACAGCACAAGGAGUUUAUGAAGAAGCUGGAGGAGAAGCGACUGGCCCUGAAUAAAGCCACAAGCAUGGGAGAGGCAGUCCUGUCCAUCUGCCACCCAGACUCCAUCACCACCAUCAAACACUGGAACACCAUCAUCAAAGCACGGUUUGAGGAGGUAACAGCCUGGGCGCGUCAGCACCAGCAGAGACUCUCCAGUGCUCUGGCUGAACUGCUGGCCACGCAAGAACUGCUGGAGAACCUGCUGAACUGGCUAAAGUGGGCUGAAACCACACUCGGCGAGAAAGACAAGGAACCUCUUCCUCAAGAGUUAGAGGAAGUCAAAUCGCUCAUCGCUGAGCACCAGACAUUCAUGGAAGAGAUGACCAGAAAUCAACCAGACGUGGAUAAAAUCACCAAAACUCAUAAGAGAAAAGCCCCAGUGGAUCCUCCGGUUCAGUCUCAAAUCCCUAUUCUAGGGAAAGGACGAACAGCCAGAAAGAGAUCCCCUACGCAAUCCAUGUACACCGCAGCAUCACAGGCACAAAUCGAGACUAAGAACCCCCGAGUGAACCUGCUGGUCAGUAAGUGGCAGCAGGUGUGGCUGCUGGCGCUGGACAGGAGGAGGAAGCUCAACGAUGCUCUGGACAGACUAGAGGAGCUGAAAGAGUUUGCCAACUUUGACUUUGACGUAUGGAGGAAACGCUACAUGCGCUGGAUGAACCACAAGAAAUCGCGCGUCAUGGAUUUCUUCCGUCGUAUUGAUAAAGACCAGGAUGGCAAAGUCACAAGGCAGGAAUUCAUCGAUGGCAUCCUAUCCUCAAAGUUCCCCACCAGUCGUCUGGAGAUGAGCGCUGUGGCAGACAUCUUUGAUCGUGACGGCGACGGCUACAUCGACUACUAUGAGUUUGUGGCUGCUUUACAUCCCAACAAAGAUGCUUAUAAACCAUUAACCGAUGCUGACAAAAUUGAAGAUGAGGUGACUCGCCAAGUUGCAAAGUGCAAGUGUCCGAAACGGUUCCAAGUAGAGCAGAUUGGCGCCAACAAAUAUCGGUUCUACCUUGGAAAUCAGUUUGGAGAUUCCCAGCAGCUGCGGCUGGUGCGGAUCCUGCGCAGUACGGUGAUGGUGCGGGUGGGUGGUGGUUGGAUGGCCCUGGAUGAGUUCCUGGUGAAAAAUGACCCAUGCAGAGCUAAGGGCAGAACCAACUUGGAGCUGCGCGAGAAGUUUAUUCUCCCAGAAGGCACCACCCAGGUGAUGGCCAGUUUCCGCUACAGAGGUCGAAGGUCACGACCGUCCUCAAGAGGCGCCUCCCCUAACAGAUCCAAUUCUAGUUACAGCUGUCCCGCACAACCCAACCCAACCGGCUCCAACACACCCAAGACUCCCCAACAUUUAACCCGCAAUUAUGAUAAACCCUGGCUGACAAACAGCAAAUCAGCUACUCCUCUUAAAUCAUCUGACUCCUUUGACAGCCAAGGGUCAUCCAAUGAGAGCACCCCUAUUCAGGGAAGCAAGCUUCGUCUUCCAGGCUAUUUGUCAGGAAAAGGCUUUCAGUCGGGAGAGGAUGGGACCUUGAUAAACGUUGCAGUCAUGAAGGCCAGAGGUCAAGCCAUGGGUGAGUCCGACACACCUUCUAUCCCAAGCAGGCCUGGCAGCAAAGCAGGAAGCCGCGGGAGCAGCCGCCGUGGCAGCGAUGCCUCAGACUUUGAUAUUUCAGACAUCCAGUCGGUUUGCUCGGACGUGUCGGAGACAGUGACAGACUCAGGACGCCCGACGCCACGCUCAGCCUCACGCCAACACGGAGGCAAACACUCCAAAAUCCCAACUCCCCAAAGGAGGAGCACUCCUACUAGCAAACUGGCUAAGAAUACCAAGAGAUAGUCAACAGUCCAGUCCACAGAAGCGGCCAGGAUCCGGGCCUCUGUUCUGACAGCACUGGGUUAGCGCACACUAAACCGAGACUGGACAGAUGUAGAUUCACACUACAGACUGCAAAGUGUUAUUGAUUUAAAAAAGCGUAGCAAGAUGUAAAUUAUUCUGUUGUGGAAAAGGAGGUUCAUGUGGAGUGUAUGUGUGCGAGUGUGUGGAAUGCAGUGGCUUUGUGCAUUUGUCCUGUACUUUAUGUGACUGUUGCGUCAUUAAUAUUUUGUUUAUUGCUGGGAAAGGCCAGCGAACACAAGAAGACUAUGUUGUUAGGUAAACUAACACUUUUCCACAUGUUUGUGUUGAGGGAGAAGCUGAAUGUACAGUCAUUUCUUCCAGCGGACAUGCUUGUUGGUGAUAAUAUGCCUUUGUAUUCUGCCAGGACACAACAAUUAUUUAUUCAUCUAUUUAAAGUGCAAUGACAAGCUGUUAUGCAUUUAAAGGGCAAUACAAUACCACUGCUACACUACAACUGUAAUCCCUGCUAUCAUACACUACAGUUAAUCCAGAUCAUGGCCUUUAAACUUGCAUAUAAAACCCCCGUCUGUAGCACCCGCAGUAAUGUUCGUUUCGAUCAAAUCACAGAUUGCGUGCCACUUUACUGUGACUAGAACUUUCUGACUAAAAACAUUCAUAAGUGCAAUCAUGCCUGUGUACUCUAUGGUUCCUUUUUGCCUGAUUGAUCCAAAUUACUCAACUUUUUGUAAUAAAUAUGCUUGCAGAAAGCUCGACAAUAUAUACAACCUUCAAAGUCUCACUUGUUUC